UAUUAAUGUAAUUGAUAAGAUUAUUGUAAAAGUUGAUCAUCGACGAUAUUUUUAACCAGUUUGUAUUUUUUUCGUGGUUAUUAAUUAUUUUUAAUAUUGCAUCACGUGCGCUCGAUGCCAUGUAUUAAAAACAUAAUAGUGAGAAUAGUGGUAUUGGUUUACAUUUUACAGAAUGACUGUAACCUAUUCUAGCAAGGUUACGAGUAGUACUGGUAUAGGAAUAUUUUUGAAACUAUUAGCGAGAUGGCGAGGCAGUAUUUACAAAAUAGUAUGGGUUGAUCUCAUUCUCUAUUUAACCAUUUACUAUGCCUUGAAUCUUCUGUACCUUUAUGGGCUAGAUGAGAAACAUGGAAGAAAAUAUUUUAUUAAUAUGGUAACCUACUUUUCGCAUUAUGGAAGUGCAAUUCCUUUAAGUUUUGUCCUGGGUUUCUUUGUCAAUAUAGUUUAUAAUCGUUGGUGGAGUCAAUACCAAUGUAUACCAUAUCCAGAUGGUAUUGCCAUUUUGGUUGGUGCUGGUGCGCAUGGAAAUGAUGAUAAAUCGAGAAUGAUAAGAAGGACAAUAAUGCGGUAUGUUUGCGCAGGAUUCACGUUGACUUUAACAAUGAUAUCUCCGAAAGUUAAGAAACGUUUCCCAACUUUGCAUCAUUUUGUUGAAGCUGGACUUCUGACCUGCGAAGAAAAAAACUUUAUGCAGGAAAUGGAUAAGGACUAUCCAACCUAUGCUUCGAAAUACUGGUUGCCACUAGCAUGGGCAGCGAAUGUAGCUACAACAGCUCGGGAAGAAAAUAUUAUCAAAGAUGAUAUGGCUCUAAAAGAUAUUUUAGAACAUAUCAACGAUUUUAGAGAAAAAUGUAAAAAGCUAUGGGAUUAUGACUGGAUAUGUAUUCCCUUGGUAUACACACAGGUGGUAACUUUCGCAGUAUAUCUCUAUUUCAUUUUCAACGUACUUGGAACACAGUUUGUAGAUGAAAUAAAAGAACACGAUAUAAAUAUAUUAAGAUUUCCUCUCAUGUCUUGUGUGGAAUUUUUCUUUUAUAUGGGCUGGCUGAAAGUAGCUGAAAGUCUUAUUAAUCCUUUUGGCGAAGACGACGAUGAUUUUGAAGUAGUUUGGUUGAUAGAUAGACAUUUACAAGUGAGUUAUAUCUUGGUUGACAAAAUCCAUAACAGUCAUCCUACUUUAACAAAAGACAAGCACUGGAAGGAAAUUGUUCCUCAUCAACUUCCAUUCACUAUUGCAUCUCGAAGAUAUAUGAACGAACAUCCAGUAGAAUCUACUUGCGAUGUUUGCGUCCAAAGACUUGAUCAAGAUUUGAUUGUUCGAGAUGAUGAUGACCCUGAGGAUUCGGAAUGGAUGGUGUCUAAUCCAAGUUCAAAUCCCAUAAGCAAAUUAUUUUCCCGAAAAAAAUUGGAUCCGGGUUAUCAUUUGAAGAAAGUCGUAUUUGAUACUGAAGAUAACAAUGAUAAAAAAACAAUUCUGGUAGAUCCUGAUGAAAAACUGAAUCUGUUGAAUUCGUUGAAGUUUAUUGAUGAAGAAAAUAAUAAGGAACAAUCAUCCGCCUCUGGAGACAAUAAGCGAAAAACACUGGAAACUGAUGAAACUGUAAUGAAGGAAAGUAUUGAAAGGAGAAAGGAAGAUUUACUCAACUUAUUAGAUGCUUUGAAAGAUGACAGAGAAAAAGCAAAAAAGUUAUUGGAUGAAAUCAUUAAAUAAAUGUUUAUUUUUAUUACUUGAAAUAAACUGUAGGUUCUUAUGUUAUGUAUAUGCUUGUAUUCAU